GUGCGGCUCAGCUCCACCCCGCGGCACCCCGAGGCCCCCACACACCUCGCUGGCUUCCACCUGCCCUCCAAGCACAAGCAUCCCGGGAAGGGCCAGCACCAGCCAAGCCCGGCAGGGAGCACAGCCCCAUCUGAGAGCGACCAGUUCAGCUCCUUCCUGUACUGGCGAGCGCCCCUGCCCAACAUCGAGGAGGAGCUGCAGGAGCUGCUGAACGCUCAAGCCAUCUCCGUUAGCCCAGAGACCACUGAGGAGCGCCAGAGCUCUGAGCGUGAUGCCAGUGCUGGUGAAGAGGAGGACGAGGAGGAGAGCGACGAUGAGGGCUGGAUAACACCCAGCAACCUCAAGCAGGUCCAGCAGGACACGGGGCACUGUGAUACUGCUCCUGAUGGCAUCCAGGUCGGCUGCGUCACCACAGACUUUGCGAUGCAGAACGUGCUGCUGCAGAUGGGCCUCCACGUGCUGGCAGUAAAUGGCAUGUUGAUCCGACAGGCCAGGAGCUACAUCCUGCGCUGCCACGGCUGCUUCAGGACGACUUCGGACAUGACUAAGGUUUUCUGUCCCCACUGUGGUAACAAGACCCUGAAGAAGGUCGCAGUGAGUGUCAGUGAUGAUGGGAGCCUCCACAUGCACUUCUCCCGCAACCCCAAGGUGCUGAACCCCCGAGGGCUCCGGUACCCGCUGCCAGCGCCGCGAGGGGGGAAGCACGCCAACAACCCUCAC